AUGGUUUCUGGAGGUCAACAAAAUGAAAUUCCGACAAACAUUUUUUCUGAAACAACACAUCCGUUUGCAAUUCAUGGAGGUGACGGUGGUUGGAGUCACCCUGAUGACUCUAUGUUGGACGAGGCCAUGGCUGACAUGCUCUUCGGGAGCUCUGCCGCUGCCACAGAGUUUAUGGAGAACCUGCUGGAGGGCCAAUUCUCAGGAAUGCCGACCGCAAAACAUUUGUUGUUGAUCCCUGAGUUGUUGUCUGAUCGCCAUAAACGGCUUGUCUAUGCCCUUGCGGCCGAUAAGUUCCAGCACAUGUAUAUGACGAACGAGUAUGGGGUUGUGCCCUCAUUUCUUGAGGGCCUGGUUAGUUUCAUUUUGUACGGCGAGAAGCUCGAGCGUUAUGGAGUGUGUGGCAAGUGCCUGGUCAUGCUCCUGUCUGAAGUUCUUCGGCCCGAUGUUCAUAGGGAGGAUUAUGUUACUUGGGUUUGUGUUCGAGUUGCUCGUGCAUGUAGUGGCGAAAAGUUUUCGGCCCAUUCAUUGUUGUUCGAGCACACGAACCGGGAUGACAAUUGGCUCAUACUUAAGCUUUCUAUCCUUGCUACUAGAUGGAUGUUGCAUGUUCUUCAUUUGGCCCUGUUCUUUAUUUCAAAACUAAGGCACUGCUUGGUCUUUCUUUUAAAACCAAGGCUUUGA